CAGAAGUCAGUCGACCGAGUGCCGUGCGGGCUCCCGACGCUGUGUUGGCGACGGACAGCGGACAUUUGAAUGCAACGCGCUGCUUGAUUAAGCGCAACAGCGAGCGCGAUGUUGGCACAUUUUGUGGUUUGUGCAGCGCUGUUUGCGGCAACUGCUUUCUCCCAUGUGGACGCUGCUGCGAGGCCCAACUUCAUUAUAAUGCUCAUGGAUGACAUGGGCUGGGGAGAUCUCGGCAUCCUAGGCAACCCGGCAAAAGAAACUCCCAACCUGGACAAGAUGGCGGCCGAAGGGGCGCUGCUGACUGACUUCUACACGGCCAAUCCACUAUGCUCGCCCUCCCGGGCGGCGCUGCUCACGGGCCGACUGCCCAUCAGGAACGGCUUCUACACUACCAACAACCACUCAAGAAACGGCUACACGCCCCAGGAGAUCAUGGGCGGCAUCCAGGACAACGAAGUGCUUAUCCCCGAGCUCUUGGCCGAGGCAGGCUACCGCAACAAGAUCGUCGGCAAAUGGCAUCUUGGCCACCAGGAGCAGUAUCUACCCCUGAGACACGGCUUCCACGAGUGGAUUGGUUCGUCAAACUGCCACUUCGGGCCAUACGACAACGUCCACAGGCCGAACAUCGCCUUUUUCCGCAAUGAGUACAUGAUUGGCAGGUACUAUGAGGACUUGGCGAUAAACCUGACAACACUUACGUCGAACCUGACCCAGUUGUACAUCAAGGAGGCGGUGCAGUUCAUCGAGAAGCAGGCAGCGCAGCGCCAGCCCUUCUUCCUGUACUGGGCGCCCGACGCUACGCACGCGCCCGUCUACUCGUCCGAGGAGUUCAGAGGGCGCAGUCAGAGAGGACCCUACGGAGACGCCGUGAUGGAGCUGGACCAUGGUGUGGGAGUCAUAUUGGACACUCUUCGUCGCACAGGGGCAGUAAACAACACUUUUGUCUUCUUCACCUCUGACAACGGAGCGGCGUUGGUCAGCAAAACACAAGGAGGCAGCAACGGGCCUUUUCUGUGCGGCAAGCAGACAACUUUCGAAGGGGGCCUGCGGGAGCCCGCUAUCGCCUGGUGGCCCGGCACCAUUCCGGCGGGAAAGCAGGUCAGCGGAGUAGCGGCCACUGUGCUUGACCUUCUGCCGACGCUGUGUGAGCUUGCCGGUGUGACGUUGCCCCCGUCUCUGGUCCUAGACGGCUCCAGCCUGACACACGUGCUCCUCGCGGAAUCGUCGUUGGAUGGCACGCACUUUCAGCCCAGCAGGCCAGUGUUUUACUACCGCGGCAACGAGCUGAUGGCGGUGCGCAACGGCCUCUACAAGGCGCACUUCUGGACCUGGACUAAUUCUUUGGAGGAGUUCAAGCAGGGCAUCGACUUCUGCCCCGGGGCGGUGGUCGACGAGGUGACCUCCCACGAGCAGCUCAACCACACGGCGUCGCCGGUUCUCUUCCACCUCGGAAGGGAUCCCGGAGAGAAGUACCCAAUCAGGCCGAAAAGCACAGAAUAUCGCGAAAGCAUGGCAUCCAUUCUCAGCAUUUACUACGAGCACAAGGCAUCGUUGGUUCCUGGCAAGCCGCAGCUAGACUGGUGCGACGCUGCUGUCAUGCACUGGGCGCCUCCUGGAUGUGAGAAGAUCGGACGCUGUCUCAGGAAGCCGCCGUCAAAGCCGUACCGGUGCGAGUGGCCCCACUAGGGCUGCACUGAGGUCUCAAAAAUCUGACUGAGAGGAGAACCUCUCCUCUUCCGAUGGGCGUCACUGAACCUACACUUCUCAUUCAUGUAUGCCCCAGACAUGGACAACUUAAGUCACAUAACUUCCGUUAAGCUUACUUGACAUAGUGUAGGUGAAGUUGUAAAAACAGCAAUUAAAGAUCACUGAUUAAACUUUUUGCAUGAA